AAUUAUUAAUUAAUAAUUAUUUAUAAAACUUUCUGCUAUACAAUAAGAAAAGUCAAAGCUAUUAAUAAAUAGUUUAUUGAGUAAUGUGUUACCUACAUUGUUAUCUUAAUGAGAAAUAAUAAUAAUGAUUAUAUUAAUCCUAAUGACAGACACAGAAGAUUCUUUAUACACACAAUCAACAGAUUGCAGCAUAAAUUUACGAUUAUGUGCACUUUUCAAUAAGUGAACUCAUUAUUCUUCUAAUAUGAGUGCAAAUAUCUUACAUACCUAUUAACUAGUUCAUUAGAUAAACAUUUCAUCGAGACGUAUUUGAUCACUUCAAAUGCAACCACGGUGUAGACAAAGUGUAAAUGAAACUGCGCUGUGUUCGCCGACGAAUUUAACGUUAUCGUGGAGGAAUAUUUGUUAUAAAGUUAAGGUAAAAAAAAAUGACAGUUACGUGAUGGAUUUUUUCAAAGGUCGGCGAAUGGAGAACAUCAGUAUAUUGAAUGGAGUCAAUGGUAUUGUCAAAUCUGGCACUCUGAUGGCAAUUCUAGGAUCUAGUGGAGCGGGUAAGACUUCUUUGUUAGCUACGAUAAGCAGGAGAAUAAAAAAAAGAACGACAGGGGACAUUUUAUUGAAUGGAAAAUUGUUUACUCGUGAAUUAAUGGCGAAAAUUAGUGGUUUUGUACCUCAGGAAGAUCUAGCUGUUAAAUCACUUACUGUACAAGAACAUAUGGAAUUUAUGGCUAAAAUGAAAAUAGACAGUCGUUACCGUCGAGUAGCUCGGAGUCAAAAAAUCGACGUGCUGCUUCUAGAUCUAGGAUUAAUCGAACUCAAAAACUCAAAAUUGUCAACUCUGUCAAACGGCGAGUGGAAAAGAGUAUCUCUAGCUGUUCAACUCUUGACAGAACCAAAAAUUUUAUUCUGCGACGAACCAACUACUGGAUUAGACAGUUAUUCAGCAACAGUGGUCAUAGAUGCGCUAAAAAAAAUUGCAGUUAAAGGCAGAAUUGUUAUUUGUUCCCUCCAUCAGCCUGCUUCUGGCUUACUGGAUCAUUUUCACAAAAUUUACCUCCUUGCUGCAGGUAAUUUAGCUUUUCAAGGAAGUCUUUCUGAAGCUACGGCAUUUUUCUCAAGUUUAGGUUACAAUUGUCCAUCAAUUUAUAGUCACGCUGAGUUUUUUGUGUCACUAUUAUCUAUUACUAAAGGAAAUGAAGAUGAAUGUUUCAAAAAAAUAACUAGAAUAUGUGAGGAGUUCAAAAAAUCUGCAUACGGAAAAAAAAUGACCACUUCUAUUGAAGAAUCUUAUGCCGGAACUUCAGUAGAUAUUGAUGAUGGAGAUGGCAAAGACAUUCCGCAUCCGAUAUUUGCUGCUAAUUACUUACCACUGAAUGACUUCAAAAAGAUUCCUAGUUUCCAACAAUUGAGGUGGUUAAUAUGGCGCAAUUACAUUGACUACAAAAGAAAUUCAUCGGCAAUUUUUCUAAAAUUUUUGAUCUACAUAAUUGGGGGAUUGAUUCUUGCGACUCCUUAUAUACAUGUUACGAGGGAUAUCGACCAGCGUAGUAUACAAAACGUUCAGGGUUUGAUGUAUUAUAUUGUGACUGAGACAAUAUUUACCUUUCAUUACGCUGUGUUCUACACGUUUCCUAAAGAAAUGCCACUUUUGUUACGCGAUAUGGCUAAUGGACUCUAUUAUCCUCUGCCUUAUUAUGUCAGCAAAGUUGCGGUAAUGAUACCAGGAUCCAUUAUCCAACCGUUUAUUUAUUCAGCAUUGAUCUAUUGUAUCACAGGAUUAAGAGGUGGAUUAAUAAGUUUUUUAUAUUUCGUUUUACCAGUUGUACUUGGAGCCAUAUCUGCCGGCGCCCUUGGAUGCUUGAUGUCUGCAUUGUUCGACUCUUUUGAAACUGCAUCACUGUUAUCAGUUUCUCUCGACUUUCUGACACUCAUUUUCAGCGGAGUUUAUCUCAAUCUCGGAAAUCUACCAGCGCGUAUAUCAUGGUUAAAAUAUAUUUCACAAUUCUACUACAGUACAGAAGCUGUUUCAGUGACUCAAUGGCGCGAAUAUAAUUAUAUAAAUUGUUCGACAAACAUUGAUACACCGUGUAUAGCAACUGGUGAACAAGUUAUGGAAAAUUUUGGAUUUGCACCUGACAAUUAUUACAUCGACUUGAUGGGUCUACUCGCUAUUUUCACUUUCAGCCAUUUCGCAGGUUUUAUGGCUAUUUUCUACAGAAGUUUCAACGAGCCCGUUUAUUGAAUCUUGUUUUUAUUUUUCAAGAAAAUUUUGAGCAAUAAACACACGGAAAAAAUAGAUACGAAUUGUUAGUCGUGGAUCGGAAAUAAAUACACUGACAAAAAGAUUUUUUGAUAUUUUAUAAAUUUUAUUAACUGUUAAUAAAUAAUGUUUUAACAUCAGACGAUGUAAUAAACAUUAAAUUAAUAGUUAAAGAAUAUUUGUUUAGAUCUUCGAAUAAAAAUUAAACUUUGAUAUUUUUUAUGACCCCACAACUUCAAUAGAAAAUAUAAUUUUAUUAGAUCAGGUAGAUUGACAAUCUUCUUAUUAAAAAAAAAAAUAAAUAAAUAAUGGUUGUAAUAAACUACAGAAUUUUUUUGCGGUGAAAAAAUUAUCAAAAAAAUCACUCCAAAAAAAUUAUCAACUUUUAAGAAAUUUUUCAAUAAGUGAAAAGUUAUUAAAUUAAAUAAUUGUAAGCGCUAUUAUAUAAUACAGGACUGACUUUUCUGACCAUCAAAAUGAUUCGUUGCAGCAUAGGAAAUAUUACUAUAAAAGACUUUGUUUAUUUUUAACAUACGAAUGACUAUGACGUAUUAAACGGUAAUUAUUCGUAUCUAUUUUUAGCGUGUGUAGUACGUAAAAUUAGUUAAUUGUAAGUUAAACUCCAUUUAAUUAUUUUUGUACCUCGUUAUCUGUCGAAAAAAAUACUUGCAAAUGUUACUUUUCAAA